AUGCAGCUCUUUGUCGGCACCCAGGAGCUAUACAGUCACGAGGUGAUCUGGAUGACAGUCAUCCAGAUCAAAGCUCAUGUGGCCUCAUUGGAAGACACUGACCCUGAAGACCAAGUUGUGCUUCUGGCAAGCUCGCUGCUGGAGGAUGAGGCCACCCUAAGCCAGUGUGGUGUAGAGGCCCUGACCACUCUGGAAGUAGUUUGCUGCAUGGUGGGAGGUAAAGUUCAUGGUUCCCUGGCUCUUGCUGGAAAAAUGAGAGGUCAAACUCCCCUCUUGGGAGCCAAGCAGGAGAAGAAGAAGAAGAAGUUGGGCCAAGCUAUGAAUGCAAUGCAGUACAAUCAUCGCUUUGUCAAUGUCAUUCCCAUCUUUGGCAAGAAGAAGGGCCCCAAUGCUAACUCCUAA